UUGCUGCCGCACAGCACGCCUAACUCCUUGGCAGGAUGGCAGACAAAAGAACAGCCGGUGCAAAGCAAUAGGGGAUUUCUAGCGAGGAGGAGGAGGAGGAGGAAGAUCCCCAGCCUUUCACCCGACGGCUGUCAGAGCGGCAGGAGCGGGACAGCCGAAGCCACCAUGCGCAGGUCCAGCACCGAUGAGUCCACCUAUCACAGGAGCCCUUCCCUGGACAGCAAGGAUUACAGUUUCCCAAAUGGCGCCUUCCGUCGAUACAGCAGCAUGUAUGGCGGCCAGUUUGGGGCUGCCAGCAACUCUUUCUUUGGAUUUCAUACCAACCCAGGCCCGAAGGCCACCAAGGCUAAGUACACGACCCCCAAGGGAAACAAAUACGUUGUCUUUUACCUGGAUCUCUCGUUUAUUUUUCUCCUAGAACUGAAGAGGUGCAGCAUGGCUCACAACUGCCUGCAGUGUAUCAAGUACCUAAUGUUUGUUUUCAAUCUUCUCUUCUGGUUGGGAGGCUGUGGAAUCCUUGGUGUAGGCAUCUGGCUGGCUGUUACCCAAGGGAACUUUGCUACCCUCUCCUCUUCUUUCCCGUCCCUGUCUGCUGCCAACCUCCUGAUCGUCACAGGGACGUUUGUCAUGAUCAUCGGCUUCGUGGGCUGCAUAGGUGCCAUCAAAGAAAACAAGUGCCUCCUGCUGAGUUUUUUUAUCAUGCUGUUAAUUAUAUUUCUGUUGGAGCUCACUGUUGUGAUUCUGUUCUUCGUCUACACCGACAAGAUUGACAAGUAUGCUCAGCGGGAUCUGAAGAAAGGACUUCACUUGUAUGGGACAGAUGGAAAUAUUGGCCUCACGAAUGCAUGGAGCAUCAUUCAAACAGAUUUCAGAUGCUGUGGAGUCUCCAACUACACGGACUGGUUUGAAGUGUACAACACAACCCGAGUGCCAGACUCCUGCUGCUUAGAAUUCAGCGAGAACUGUGGGCUCCACUCCCCAGGGACCUGGUGGAAAGCGCCUUGCUAUGAAACUGUGAAAGUAUGGCUCCAGGAAAACUUACUGGCAGUGGGAAUCUUUGGAUUGUGCACAGCUAUGGUGCAGAUUCUUGGACUCACCUUUGCAAUGACCAUGUAUUGUCAGGUAGUCAAGGCAGACACCUACUGUGCAUAGAUACCAUUCCCAAUCUUUCUGCUUCUCCUCCAAAGGACACAGGAGAAAUCUCCUUCAUGCUCAUUCAUCUGACCUUUUUUUUCCCCCUUUGUACUAUAAACUGUGUAUAAUGCUAUCUUUCUGAAGAUUUUGUGAAUCACCCCACUUUACUGAAGGAGGAAGAAAAGAAAGUCAGUCCUUGAACUGGCACAGGUAAGAAGCAGCCUUGUCUGAUGCAGAGGAAACCAAAAAGCGAUGGUUCCUUUUCCAUGGCCUGUGGCAAGGCAGGACAGGCUGCUAUGAGGGGCUGGCUGCAAACCCGUGUUAGGAAAAGAUGGCACUGAGGCAACCUCUGCAAAGGCUGCCAGGCUGCCUCCCUGCAUUUCCCAGUCUGGAAGAGGACAUAGGAAAGAAAUGUUCUUCAGCAAGAAGGUACCGAGUAGCUAGCACUGAAUGCAAGUGUAAUUUUACUACAGUUUGCACACAGCUAAAAUCAAGAUCAAGCAGCCCUGCCUCCAAGUGUCUCAAGAUGAUUUUGUAGCCAGGAGAGGAUCAUCUUCAGAAACACAUUGUUUUAAAGGAGUAUUUUUAAUCUCACACGCCGCAGCGUCAGGCUUUUAAUCAGAAUCUGUACAGUGGGAUCCUGGCUGCCAAUGGAAAACAACACUGGACAUUGCCUCACUUCCUAAUUGCCAGUGGCAUAUAGAUGGUUGACUGCAUAUGUUAUAUAUACUACAUUCAUAAACACAUACUUUUCUGAAAGGAGGUGAAAAUACCCAGCAUCUAACCUCAGAAAGGGGAAACCUUUCUAUCCUAUUUUACAUUCCAACUGAAAUAACCAAGUAUUAUUUCUUGUACAAGGCACUAUCACUUAUACCUCUGGGAAACAAGUAAUUACUUUCAGCUGUAUCUUCAUUUCAGUAAACAACUUGUGAGUGGGCUCUCUCUGUCAGUCUGCUAUGGUUUUAUUUUUUACCAUCCCCGUUUCAAGUAAGUCUGCCAAAAAAUAUCACUCAUUUCUACGCUUGAAGGUGUGUACAAAGCUGUCAGCUGUUCCUUCCCUGAAUGUCACCAUUUCAUUAAUUUACUUUGGGAUAACAUCAUCUGCAGGUAUGAUAGAGUUUGCCUCGCUGAGGAAAAAUCUUUCACACAUUGCUCAUUUUUCUGAGAGUUAUUAAGACUUCAGAUGCUUUUAUGCUUAGCUUUUUUUUUCCUUCUAGCUGCACACUGACAACAGCCAAGACACAUCAGUCUCUGCUAGAACUGGAAUCACUUCUCAGUGCUCUUUUUCAGAUGCAUUUUGCUUCACCUAGCUGCUGCCUAGAAUAUAAUCCACACUUCCUAGAAUAUCAUGGAAUCAGAGAAAUUUGCAGAAAUCAAACCCAUAACUUUCCUUAGCUGAGGAGCAGCCACUCAUUGAUAAGGGAAGUAACUGAUGCAGUACCCUCCUAUGCACAUCUUCUGCUGAUGAGGUUAAAUAUCAGAUGUGUCCUAUUGUUCAUAAUUCCCUGCCAGCAAACAGCUCCAGGUAGUGCAUGUGUGCCAGGGAGAGGGGAAGCACCCCAGGGAAAGGACACAGUAGGGAAGAGGCCAACUUAGCAGUGCAGGUGGCCUUCUCCCUUCAGGCAGCAUUUGAGGAGCUCUCAGCCACUGUCACUGAGAGCAGGGAGCUGGCCAUGGAGCUGUGUUUGCCCAGGAAGCUGAGUGCAACCAUUCCUGCAGACUGGAAGCAUGCAUCAAGCUCACAGAGAGAGUUACCCUGCUCUCAACAGCAGGUCUCAGCUCUGAGGGACAUUUUGCAUGCUUUGAUUUAAAGGCAAUUUCCAGCACAAAGCUGGACAAUAGGCCAACCCACAGCCUAUUGAGCAAUCUCUUACACCCAUAACUAAUGCUUUUCUGGACCUACAUUAUUUGACAGAUCGAUUUUUUAGCUUUGGGGGUUUUUUGGUCUCUUUGCUGAUUUCUUGCAUUCUUCUCAUUCUCAGGCAUGAGCUACUCCAUAUUUUCUGAGAAAUUGCUUAGGACAGUCUGGUGCUUAAAGGAGCAAUUUCCUAACUGUUACCCCCAUGGGGCAUUUAGCUUUGUGGGCUAAGGUAAAAGUAAUGUGUGUGCAUUUUAAAUGGCUUCUCAACCACGAUCACAGCCACCUCCCCAGCACUGAAGGAUUUUACUGUCAUGUAAACAAGCCCCAGCAAACCCAAGCUGAGCAAGUAGCCCACACACAGGUACCCUGUACUCCAAACAAGAGGCUCACUGGACGUGUUGCGACCACCUCAGCCUCCUUGCUCUCUGCCUCUUGAGCCCAGGCUGACCUGCAGGCUGUCCUGCUCUGCAAAAGAUGGUGUAAGGUUGUUCCUUCCCUCUCUCUAGUGUGUUCUUGACCUGCACAGACAAUCCCAAGUUAGCUGUACCAUUAGUUCUUGCCUUGGUUUAUAGUUUGUACACAGAGGUGCUUCUGCUGACAACUCCGAGUUUCUACCACUGAAAAGCAGCACGACAGAGUGAUGAAUACAUUCAUAAAACAUUGAUUUUUUUUGAGACAGAUAAAAGGUAGACAAGUCUAUUUGUAGUGAUCCCUGCCAUUAAAAAUUAACACAGAGACAGCAGGCUGAUGAUGGUUCAGUUGACGGGAGCAAACCAUUGUGCAGAACUCCCACAGCGAGCAACUCUCAUCAAUUUGCUUGAUGGUGUAGGGAAAAGAGAUCACAAACCCUGCUCCUGUGAGUCUCACAGUAAUAUGUGCUGAGCUCUUAGAGAACACUUCCAGACUUCAGCUAAAGCUUCAGUGGAAACAAAAUAUGAGAAGUACACUGGAGACAAGUCACAUUUUGUGGUUUCCUCUAAUCAUUUUCCACAGUUUAGGUGUCUGUACAAGAUAAACUGCCUUGGUUUUCAAAAACAGGUACCUAAAGGGAGUAUAAGCAACACUCACUCCGUAAAUUCCAGUCACUGCAACAAAAACAUUCAGUUAGGGGAAAAAAACCAAAACCAAAACCACAAACCAAAAAAAAACCCCAAGCAGACAAACAAAAUAAAAACCCCAGAUCAGAUAUUGCCUAAUAAUUGUUUUUUAAAUACCAUCCUUCCACUACCAACUGAGAUGCUACUGCAACUUGUUCAUAAUUUGAACUGGACUGUUUUGUAUAUUUGAUGUUAUUAACUCCCUCCACACAGACCAAACAGCUCUUACUGUGCUUACAGCAUUACCAGCGCAAUCCAAUUUCAUACCUCUGAACACACUGCAUCUAACAAGCCUCAGACUUACCAUAUUUUCUUAAAAGCACUGCAUCCUUUCUCUGCUGACAAGGUCAGAAGAUUUCAUGAUGUGUAACAGCAACAAUCUCUAAAAAAAAAAAGGACACAAAAAUACAACAAAAAGCCAAAAAAAGACAGUUCCAUUUUACACAUGAAACUUCACAUUAAACUGGUUGAUUAUAUAUAAGUAACCUGUAGUACAUAAUAUCCAUUUGAAAGGCUGCUGCUGAUAUUGAAUGCAGGCAGAGGAACACAGAAGUCAUUCCAAUUGCUUCUAUUAGUGUCUUGUCACUUUUAGUAAAGCCUUUUAUAUUAUUGUGACUUCUUAUCUUUAAACAUGAAGGAGGACUCAAUACAUUUAAAUUAAAGACAGAACCAAAGGCAAUAAAGGAACACUCCUAAUUUAUUCCCAUGGCUGUUUCUGCGUAAUAACAAGAUAUGAAGGCACAGGGCAUAUGGCUGAACCUACUGAAUUCAGCAGCAUCAGGAUUUAACUUUUUAGAUUCAAUCCAACAUACUUUUGGCUUUGCAUCUUCACAAUUAAAAAACAAAACAACA